CUUGGACAGACGAAACAGAAGCAAAUGCUCAUACGCGGCCACAUCCCAUCGCCGUCACUUAUACACAUAAUAUCCUCAGGACCUGGAUGCAUACGACCAAACUGAGUCACUUUCUAUCAUCAUGUCCCCAAGGAAUGAUUUCUCCCAAUGCACAGCUGGCGAUCCAAAAUUUUGGCCAGCAUACAUCAGACAUUUGGCACUCGCAAACAUUUGCAUCAUGGUGUUUCUCGCAAACAUGUACGCGGCAGGCAUUACGACCGGGUUUGCUGCUCUCGCCAUGGAGUUUCACCUUAGCAACGCCCAGUUGGUGGACGUGAUUUCAUAUCCCGUGUUGGCACUCGGUGUCGGUAAUGUUUUCUGGACACCAACUGCAGUUUGCUUAGGAAAGCGUGCAACCAUCAUAGUUGCUCUUUUUGUUUUUCUAGCUGCUACAAUCUGGAGCAUCAGGGCUGCAACAUUCCAAAGCCUAGUCGCUUCUCGGAUCUUAGCUUGCUUCGCUGGUGGUAGCAUCGAUUCCCUUGGUCCUGCAAUAGUUGCUGAUCUAUACAUGGAGCGUUACUUUGCAACGGCCAUGGCCAUAUUCUCAAUCUUUCUUGCCGGAGGGUCUCAGAUUGGGCCUAUGAUUGCAGGCUUCAUCAUUACUGCUAAGGGUUGGAGAUGGUUCUUCAUCUUGUGCGCUAUCCUUAUUGGAGUGAAUCUUGUCCUGAUUUUGUUGUUCCUUCCCGAGACGAACUAUCGACGUGUUAUGUACGACGGGGAAACCGCACAAGAAGCUGAUAAGGUGGCCGUUCAGAUGAUUGAGUAUAAAAACGAGGCAGUGAAUGCGCCUGUAGUGACUACAGAAUCUACUGGGUCGCAAGCACUCAAUUUGAAUCCGCCUUACGCUGGGUCAUAUUGGAGGGAUCUCAUCAGUUUCAAGAACCGCGGUACCGAACCACGCGGACUGGUCGAAUGGCCUCGGCAAUUUUCGCUCCCAUUUCGCUUCAUUUUGGUACCACAGGUUUUCUUCGCAACCAUUUCUUAUGGUGUAUUCCUUGGAGGCGCAGUAAUAAUUGCUACAGUUGCCCCCCAGCUCCUGUCUCCCCCUCCCUACCUCUUCAAAGCAUCCGGUAUUGGUCUUUUCGCACUCUCUUCUUUCCUCGGCAUUGUUAUAGCCUACCCUAUUGCGGGACCGUUUACCGAUUACAUGUCGCGCUUCCUUAGGCAACGAUCUCACGGAGAGACUCAUAUCCCAGAGUAUCGUAUGCCGGCUCUACUCAUGCCUUUCCUCAUCGCUCCGCCUGGUCUCCUCCUUUUCGCAUACACCUUAGCUCACGGAGGUAGCGCAUACGCUGCUGCGGCUGGUUACGCUAUGCAGGUUUCUGCUCUAGUCUUUGUUCCGUCCGUUGUUCUGUCUGUUGUAGUUGACGGGUGGCCAGCAACAGGGUCAGAAGCCUUGGUACUUAUCAAUGCGGGCAAAAAUACCGUCGCCUUUGGGGUCACGCUUAGUAUUCCAAUCUGGCUUGCAAGAGAAGGCUUAAUCAAGAUGUUUUGGGAGAUGGCCGCAAUCCAAUGGGCCAUUUUGGUAUUAGCUGUGCCACUCUACGUCUUGGGACCAUGGGCAAGAAAGAAGACGUUUUGGCUGGUCUAGAUAGGUCAAUAUGGAAGCAUUACUGCUCCCAUGACAAGAAC